GGUCAUAAAGUGGCUUACAUUGAAUGGGAAGAAGGUUCACAAUUUCCAUUUUACGAUAUCGCCAUAGAAAAUGUCCCAAUAGUCGGCAAAGGCAUCGCAAGGUUCGUUAAGCAUGCGCCUGAAAUUUCGCCCGCCAAUUUGACGUGCAUCGGAUUCAGUCUUGGAGCGCAUGUAUGCGGAUUUGUGGGCAAGGCAUUGCGAAACUUGUACAGAAUAAUAGGUUUGGAUCCCGCCGGUCCGGAGUUCGACGAAAUACCUCACGCCAAGAGGCUGAGGGAAGGCGAUGCCAGCUUUGUUGAGUGCAUUCACACGGAUGCAACCUUCGGAACAACAGAAGCUGUUUGUGAUCAAGACUUUUUCGCCAACGAGGGACACGAUCAGAAGUUGUGCGAAAACGAUCUGUCUUCAGAAGAGUAUCUCUCGAACAUGAUCGACCAAAUGACCUGCAGUCACUCUUUGGCCCACGAAAUUUUCAUACAAUCCAUCAGAGAUUAUGAGGAAAAUGGCACGGGCUGCAGAUUUACCUCUGUUCCAUGUUCGUCCGAAAAGCUGCUUCAUAAAGGCCACUGCUUCAAGUGUCGCAAGAACACCGCCACUUUGCCAGCAGCCGGCUUCGAGGCCAGGCAGACAAAUACGCAUUGGCAAGGGAGGUUCUAUUUCGCUACGACUUUCAUUAAAGAAAAUCUCUGCGGGUCAUUGUACUCCAUAAAACUGAAAGCAGACAAAAGCGUCAAAGGCCAAAUUCUGCUGAAUGUGCAACGAGAAGACGGACACUCGUACGAGAUUGAGUUUCAAGAGUAA